AUGCCGCCUAGGCUGCCUUCAAUUGCAUCGCGCGACUUCUCAACAGCGGCGACAUCGAAUGAGUUUAGAGACCAGUGGACGAGACCUGGCGAUGUCUUCAGUGUACUUCUCCUCCUCGGUGGUGAGAUCGUCGCUCGCGCCCUGGCUCAACUUGCCGGGCGUGGAGUGGCGCCUGUCACCUUCUCUUUCGGAUGGGUAGCGUAUUCGCUGUCGGCACUGACCUCCGCCGUCGGCGAGAACAAGCUCAUGCCCCAGGCGCCAGACUGCCAGUGCAUCGUCAUGAACGGCAAGACGGGCAUCCAGAUGGAGAACUCAAGUUGGAUCAUCGGCAGGAUGGUGCGCGACUUUGAGACGUGGUGCCACCCGGGCACCAGGGCCAAGACGAACGAAGUCCUCGAUGAGCGAUGGCUCGAGAUCAAGGUCAAGGACGGCCAGGCCCCACGCCCCAUCCGCGGCGGGCUCAUCGUCUCCGUCUACCGCCCGAGCACCGAGCGCAAGCCCGGCCUGCCCGAGCCCGACCUCGUCUACUGGAGCGGCUUCGUCACCAUGGCGCUCCAGCUCGGCCUCGCCGCCGUGCCGCUCGCCGUGUCCGGCCACUGGGGCAUCCUCCUCAUCACGGCGUGCGGCACGCUGCUCGCGCUGCUGACGGGCCUGCUGCCGCAGUGGCGGCUCGAGAAGUGGGCGUGCCGCAUGAGCUCGCGCGAUGCCUAUGUCCUGACGCGCGGCAACGGCGCCCAGCACGCUAUUGUCAUCCUCGGCAACGGCCACGGCAUGAACCUCGCCGACCUGGCCGCCGGCCAGAACAACCUCGACACGUCGGCCCACCACUGGACGCGGGGCUCCGUGCUCGCCCUCGCCAUCCUGUGGAUCCUCCUGCUCAUCACUGCCGCCGGCAUCAGGGACGACACCUGGUUCCUGCUCGGCAUUGGGGGCCUGGGCAUCCUACAGAACGUCUUCGUCGCCGGCUGGACGCGCCGCCCGGAGCAUUUUGGGGUGCCCCUCGAUUUCGUCGAGGCCAUCGGCAAGACAAAGGUCAUGCGGACACUGUUUGAGGUCGAGGAGCGGUACCCGGGCCUCGGCCGUGUUAUGAGGGAUGAGUUUUUCCCAGGGGCGCUUCUGCCGGAGGAGACCCUACGCUGGCAAGAGUUCGAGAAGACCAAGGCCGAAGGCUCGAACAGCAGCAACUCUCAGUCUCUGCUUGAUGUGUCUAGGCAAGAACCGCCGGUGCCAGUCCAGGACAGCACACGAGGGACGAGUUGA